GAGAGGGUGGGAGGGAUGGAGGAAAGAAGAGUGGGGGAGAGAGAGAUUCCUUUGCACACGUGUAAUCGAGAAUUAUAAACACCGAGGUUAUUUGCAAUAGUGAUACAAUAAUUGCUUUCAUCGUGAUAUUUACGUUCUGAAUAAGAAGGCAAUUUAAAAAAAAAAAGAAUUUACCAUGCCAGCCAUAAAUAGGAUAAAGCCAGUUACACAUAAGGGCAAGAAAGCUCUAUUAAAAAAAGAACCUCAAUUGGUAGAAAAUGCCAAAGAAACUUUGUGCUUCAAAGGUAAAAAUGCUUCACAGAUUGUCAUUGAUUUUAUGAAGGAUUUGUAUGAUCUGAAGAAACCUAAUGCACAAAUGAUGCAAAAGAAAAAUGACAUACUACCAUUUGAGAAUAUUGUACCUGUUGAAAAAUUUACAGUAAAGUAUGAAGCACCUCUUUUCAUUAUGGCUUUGCAUAAUAAGAAGCGUCCACACAAUCUUAUUAUGGGUCGAAUGUAUGAGCAUACAUUAUUAGAUAUGAUAGAGUUUGGUGUAGAAAAUUACAAAGGAUUAAAAGACUUCAAAAUUGAGAAGAUCACUUCUGGAAUAAAACCCUUAUUGAUCUUUAAUGGUGAACUCUUUGAAAAUAAUUAUGAAUACGGAAGAAUUAAAAACUUACUUGUUGAUAUGUUUCAAAGAGAAGUGGUUGAAAAAAUCAGAUUGCAAGGUCUUGAACAUGUCUUAAGUUUUACAGCUGUUGAAAAUAAAAUACUUAUGCGUAGUUACAGAAUACUUUUGAAAAAAUCCAACACAAGGAUACCUAGAAUAGAACUUGAGGAAAUAGGACCACGUGCUGAUUUACUAUGCAGACGUAACAAGUUGGCCUCUGAAGAUUUAUUCAAGCAAGCUUGUAAGAAACCCAAAGAACUCAAGAUGAAGAAGAAGAAAAAUAUCUCUACAGAUACGCUUGGAACGACACAUGGUCGUAUACAUAUUGGAACACAAAAUAUUGAUAAAAUUCAAACAAGAAAAAUGAAAGGUUUAAAGAAAACAUUAUCCGAAAAGAAGAAUCAAAAAAGAAAAAUAGUUGACGACAAUAAUGACAGUGUAACAAAACUUAGAAAAGUUGAAAAUUCAUUAAUUGCUUGAUAGUGUAAUAUAUUGUGUUAAGAAAAUUUUAAUAAAUUUUUAU